AUGUCAAACGAAAUCCUCGUAACCGGCGCCGCAGGCUUCGUUGGCCAGGCCCUCGUCUCCGCCCUCAUCAAGUCCGACCCCUCAGCAACCCUCACCAUCACAGAUGUAAUCGAACCCCCCAUCCCCGCCGACGUGGCAGGGGAAAGCAGCAAGAUCAAUGCUCUGAAAGCCGACCUCACCGAUUCGGCAGCAGUGAGCUCUCUGCUCUCGAAGCAGUUCUCCGCUGUCUACCUCCUGCACGGUCUCAUGUCCGGAGGGGCGGAAGCGAACCUCGACUUGGGCCUCAAAGUCAACCUCGAUUCCGUCCGUGCCGUCCUCGACCACCUCCGGAAGCAUUACCCCGGCACCACGGUUGUCUUUACCAGUUCGUGCGCCGUCUACGGCCCGCGCCAGCCUGUUAUCGAGAGCGAGAUUGUGCCGAAGCCGCGAACAUCGUACGGCACCGAGAAGCUUAUUAUCGAGUUGCUUGUGGAGGACUUUUCGCGGCGUGGGCUUAUCGACGGCCGCAUUGUGCGACUUCCGACCGUCACAGUGCGACCUGGUGCGCCUUCUGCUGCAGCAUCAAGUUUUGCAUCAGGUAUUGUUCGCGAGACUCUGAAGGGUAUCAAGAAUGUGUUGCCUGUUAGCCGUGAUCUCGAAGUCUGGGUUUGUAGCCCCGCUACGGUGGUGAAGAACCUUGUCAAGGUCAAGGAUGUGCCGAAAGAAAAGUUUGGGGAAUCGAGAGUCGUCAACUUGCCUGGUAUCACCGUCACGGUGCAGGAGAUUCUCGAUGCGGUGGAAAAGGUGGGCGGCAAAGAAUCGCUGGCGCUCAUCGAAGAAAAGAAAGAUUCCGCCAUCUUGGCUAUUGUAGAGACAUGGGCUGCCCGUUUCGAUGUCAGUAGGGCGUAUGGCUUGGGCUUGGAACCUGAUGGUACGAUUUUGGAAGCUGUUGAGGCAUUUGCGAAGACCCUUCAGGCAUGA